UACAUUUGCUCCGCAGCUCUCACCUGUGCCCCCCACCAUGGAAGAAAUGAGGAACGCUGCCCUCCAGACACAGAAGCCCAUAAAGACUGAGUGGAAUUCCCGGUGCGUCAUUUUCACCUAUUUCCAAGGGGACAUCAGCAGCGUAGUGGAUGAACACUUCUCCAGAGCUCUGGGCAAUGUCAAGAGCCCCCAGGGAGCGAGCCCCUUGAGUCCGAGUGAAGAUGUGAUCCUGAAAAAUGAUAGUGACAUGCCUCCCAAUCAAUGGCGUUUCUCUUCUCAGUGGACGAAGCCACAGCCAGAAGUAUCUUUUGAAAAUGGUGCCGCCAACUGCAGCUUGGAAGGGUUUGGUUCCGCUGCCACGGAGCCGUUCCUGAUGCCCCUGACCGAGAGCCCUUCCACCCAGCAUGAGGAGCUGUGGUCGUUCUCCGCAGCCAGCCCUGGCUCCCCAGAGCCUGGCUACCCUCCGGCCUUUUCUGAGGGGCACCUGCUUCCAGAUCCUCAGCAGGACGAGAACUAUGAGCCCUUCCUAAGUCUCCUCCAGCAAGACCGAUGCCUAGCCCUUCCUCAGGAACCCACCUCCUGGGAGGAUUACAACUCGGCCCAGAUUGCCGGAAGCGCGGGGGUGCUCUUCAAUCUGCCUCACAGCUUCGCUCACUAUAAGAAAGUAUAUUCCUCCCCAGAUCGCGGACCUGCCAGUACCAGCCUUGCAAGUGAAAAAACCCAGCGUCCAGAGUCAAGUAAAGAUCUGUUCUUUUAUUGAAUUUCGGUUUGAA